CAGCCUAUACCCUAGGUAGCUGCUCUGAGCAAUGGCCGAAAUGUGGCAACUCAAACCCCUUCUCCUGCUCCUCGCCGUCGUGCUCGGCGCCAUGGCGUGCACGGUGGCCGGCGACGGCGGGAUGCCACUGGUCAUUCCCAUCACCAAGGACGCGGCGGCCACCUUGCUGUACAGCGUCAGCGCCCCCGUCGCCGAGAACGACCAAAUCACCAACCAUCUCGUCCUCGACCUCUCCGGCCCCAUCAUCUGGUCCACCUGCCCAGAUGGCUACGCCGCGCUGGGGUGCACCAGCCUCCCCUGCAUGCAGGCGCACCGCUUCCACCCGCCCAACUGCCCGCAGACCGGCUACGGCAAGCCUGACGCCGACAAUCCCCGCCGCUGCAAGUGCACCGCCCACCCGCACAACCCCGUCUCCGGCGACACCGCGUCGGAUGACAUGACGGAGUUCACCACCACCGUCAACACCACCGACGGCAAGAACCCGCUUAAAGAGGUGUCAUUCGUGGUAGCGACGUCCUGCGCGCCGGAAUCGUUGCUAGCGGGGCUGCCGGAGAACGACGUUGGUGUCGUGGGGCUCGGGCGCUCCGAGCUCGCGCUCCCCGCGCAGAUUGCGGUCAAGCAGAAGGUUGUCAACAAGUUCGCGCUCUGCCUCCCGAGCGGUGGCGUCGACGGCGUGGCCAUCUUCGGCGGCGGCCCGCUCUUCCUCCUCCCGCCGGGGCGCCCGGACGUCGUGGCGACGCUCGCCGGUGACACGCCGCUGGUCAAGCACGGGAAGUCCCCCGGCUACUUCAUCUCGGCGGACAAGGGCAUCGCCGUGAACCAGGCGCAGGUGCAGCUGGACGGCAACGGGCUCGUGGUCGGGCUCUCCUCGACCAUCCCCUACACGGAGCUGCGCUCCGACGUGUACUGGGCCUUCAUCACGGCGUUCAACACGUCCACGGCGGAGAGGGCGAGGGUCACGCCGGCCGUGGCGCCCUUCGAGCUGUGCUACAACUCCACGCAGCUGGGUUCCACGCGGCUCGGCUACGCCGUGCCGCAGAUCGACCUGAUGCUGCAGGGCGGCAAGAACUGGACGGUCUUCGGGGCCAACUCCAUGGCGCAGGUGAACGACCAGACGGCGUGCCUCGCGUUCGUGGAGAUGAAGGGGGAGCACAAGCAGUACGGGUACGGCGGCGGCGCGACGGAGGCGCCGGCGGUGAUGAUCGGGGGGUUCCAGAUGGAGAACAACCUGCUGGUGUUCGACGAGGAGAAUCAGCGGCUCGGGUUCAGCUCGCUGCUCUUUGGCAGGCAGACGACGUGCAGCAACUUCAACUUUACCAUGGCUGCGUAGUGACUCGUUACAACUUGUGUGCUACUCCGUACGUGCCUGCGUGGUGUGGUAUCAUCUCUCUGGUUUUACGAGUGAUCAAAUUAAUUACGUGAAUUUUGGAUGUUGCAUUCUGGUAAGAAGAAUAAAUUGGAGUCACUUCGAUCGCGUAGUGUUAUGGAUCAUACACUGACAAGUUGUACUGAUCGAGUGCUUGAGGAAAUGAUUGCAUUUUGAUUUCUUCAGUUUUUGAUCGAA